UCAAAGAGUCCAUGCGACAGACAGGACGAAAUCCGAUCUGAUGUGAGUAACUCGCGUCCAUGAUUUUAUCUAUUAUAGUGCUAUGGACUUGUGGUUUUACACCAUUUUUAUAUUUUCUUACGGUGGUUUACAUCGUACUUGGACCGAGCAAGUUGUUUUAUACCUAAAACAAACUUUUAUAAAAGAAACAUCGCAAUCUACAUAUAGCGUUUGUGUGUGAACUUUGAAGUUGUUGAAGUUUACAAAAUGUCGGACUUAUCAUUUUCCCAUAUGGAUUACAAAGUGUUUCCUGGAGGAUAUUACCGUGAUCUACCAUCAUACCAACAGACAUCAACACCGACCAUCCCGCAUGUGCCCGGGGGUAUUGGGGACAUCCCGACCCCCGCGGAUAUCAGCAUGCUAAAUGAUUUCUAUCAGAAGACUGACAUGUUCAAUGUGAAUGCUAAAACCUGUGGACCCGGAGAUUCUUCUCCAGACAGCGGGCACGGCGGUGACGCUAAAAACGACACGGCUUUGUGUGAGAGUGGGGAGGAGGAAGGAGUGGAGCUGGACAGUGGUAUAAUUGACCAGACUCCCCCCGCACGACGGUAUCACAGCGACGAAGAAAACUGCGAUAUCAAACCGACGGGACACCGGAAACGGAAACGCCCGAUACCUAAAGGUAAACCUCCAUACAGUUAUAUCGCCCUCAUCAGCAUGGCCAUAUGUAAUAAUGUGGAACGCAAACUUACUCUCAAUGACAUUUACAAGUUCAUAACGGACAAAUUCCCUUACUUUAGGGACCACCCUAACCAAAAGGGCUGGAAAGGCUCAAUACGUCACAACUUGGCACUCAAUGACUGUUUCGUGAAGCUUCCUCGUCGCCCAGGAAUGAAAGGGGCACGAGUGGGCUAUUGACGCGGACUAUGAGGACAUGUUUGAUCACGGGAGUUUCCUGAGGAGGAGGUACCGUUUUAAGGACGGUGUUCGUAAAAAGGCCCGCCAUUCAUCGGCCCCCAGUUCGUUAGGGUCUCCGGAUGUGUUUCUACAGCCCCAACGUCAUCACGCGGGUCUCAGCUGCUUGGAAAACAAAAUGGCGCAGCUGCAUCCUACCGACAACACGUUUGGCCAUAAUUACAAUGUCCAACACGAAUAUGCUACAUCCGCUGAGGAACGAUCUAACAAUGGUCUGUGGAAUCCGUUUGUAAACGACAAUGUGCAGACGACACCGAUGGCACACUCUGCCAAGAGUCCCCCAUCCUACGACGAUGCAUGUGCUACGUCUCCGCCGUCUCAAAUGACGUCACCAUCCAAUGACGGCCAAACUUCUUCAGACGGGAUAAGUAAGUACCAAUCGUACAUGAACGGAGUGACUGGGUUCUGGAAUCAGAGCAGCUUGCACCAGUUCCAGGGUUUACAUAUGCCGAAUCUCAACAUGGCGCAUACUCCCGGAAUUAAAAGUGAAAGUCUGAGUCCUCUAGGUAACGCGACAAAUAUGUGGAACUCGCCGUACAUGGAUCCAGGGGUUCCAUUCAAGUCUCAGCAGCCGUACCCAUUCCAUGGACUGGCCAGUCCCGCCCCAAACGACAAGAACUUCCCGAUGACCCGUGCCCCAGGAUCAGGAUUCAUGCCCCCUUGGUCAUUUUCCACCCCUCAUUAGUGACUUUCGGAGUAGACGAAGUUGACCGUGGUCAGUUGUGACAGAACAUUUGAUAAUUUUCAGUAAUACAUGCAUGAUUUUAAUAUUUUAUAUUUAUAUGAAAAUGACCACACGGUUUUAUACUCCGCGGAAAGACAUUGUAAGACAGGCUGUUGGUGCCUUUGGUACUGUUCUCCUGCACAAAACGGUGCUAUUUUCUUAUUUGUAUUUUAUGAGUUUAAAAAAAAAACAUUUCUUUUAUUUUUAAUCUUCAUUCUCUUCAUUUAACGCGAUUUUUAUGUACAUAAUGCAAAAUGAACGAAUGCCAAAGUGGAUACCAAACAAAUAAAAUGGCUUUUUAUAUAUUUGUAAA